AUGGUCAAGGUCACAAUUCUCGGAGCGGGAAUCACCGGGAUGGCAAUUGCCAGCCAGUUACCGCGGGACUAUGAAGUGACCAUCGUCGCUCGAAACUUGCCUGGUGACCCAGACUCGACGGAGUGGGCAAGCCCAUGGGCUGGGGCAGUCUUUAUGGGUAUGGAUGGCUCCAACCUGCGCGAGCAACGCAUGCAGUUGGACGCGUUCGCAAGCCGGUGGAAGAUAGCACUCAAUAACCCGGAGUCUAGCGUGCGUCGAGUUGAAAUGCAUGACUUGAUGGAUUUCACGCCACUUGAGAAAGUUUGGUAUCGCGACCACUUACCAGGGUUUCACAUCUUGAGUAAAGAUGAGCUGCCUGCCGGUGCGCCUUUUGGCAUGGCUUACCAGACCAUUGUACUCAACCCAGGAGUGUUCUUGCCCUGGAUGCGAGCCAGACUUGAGAAGACAGGGGUCAAAUUCCUGCGCAUGACCGUUCAGUCACUCUCUAAUCUAUGCGGCUUGGGCCAUGACUACCUCAUCAAUGCUGCCGGUAUUGGUCCUCGAUACUUGCGCAAUGUAAUGGAUCAAAAGGUUCAGGAGGUUCGUGGUCAGACUAUUCUCGUGAAAUCGGAUUUCGACAAGAUCUGGAUUCGAAGGGGAAAGGACUAUACGUAUGCGCUCGGUAGACAGGAUGGAACCACUGUAUUGGGUGGUAUCAAGCAAUUUGACAAUAAAGUGACAAGUGUGGACGGUGAGCUGCGAAACGAUAUCUUCCGCCGGAUUCACGAGAACCUUCCCGAGGCCUUCCCCUCUGCCGACCCCUUGGCUUUCACUGUUUUGCGCGAUAUCGUUGGCAUUCGGCCUCAGCGCGAGGGUGGACUUCGAAUCGAGAAAGAGAUUUUGGACGGGCAAAAGGUUGUGCACGCAUAUGGUGUCGCGGGCGGAGGUUAUAUAUUCAGCUGGGGAUUAGCACGGGAAGUUUGUCAUUUGGUGGAGCAAUUCCACUUCACGUCCUCCAAUACUUUUGAACCUCUAGUAGCGGUUGUGAAAUUGUGA